GGAGGGAGCACACAGCACACUCCUUCUGCUCCUCCUGCUCGCGGCUCGCCUCCUCCUCCUCCUCCUGCUCUCGCCGCCGCUGCCGUCGCCGCUGCCGCCGCUGCUGCCGUCGCCGCUGCCGAGGCGGCCGUAGACUUUAGAGCCCCCGGUCCAGCGCCCGGAGCCGGCGCCCGCGCCCCCGCCCAGAGUGGGGCGCCCCGAGCCGCGGGCCCCGCACCCCCCCCUCCACACACAAACAAGCAGACCCGCACACCACCUGAGGGGCCACCGGCUCGGGGUGCAGGAUGUCUCGCCGCAAGCAAGCGAAACCGAGAUCCCUCAAAGACCCCAACUGUAAACUUGAAGACAAGACUGAAGAUGGAGAGGCAAUAGACUGUAAGAAGAGGCCGGAAGACGGAGACGAGUUGGAAGACGAGGCCGUGCACAGCUGUGACAGCUGCCUGCAGGUGUUCGAAUCACUGAGCGAUAUCACAGAACACAAGAUUAAUCAAUGUCAGCUGACAGAUGGAGUAGAUGUGGAAGACGACCCCACUUGCUCCUGGCCGGCUUCCUCACCUUCUAGCAAGGACCAGACUUCCCCGAGCCAUGGAGAAGGUUGUGAUUUUGGAGAGGAAGAAGGUGGCCCUGGACUCCCGUAUCCGUGCCAGUUCUGUGACAAGUCGUUUAGCCGCCUCAGCUACCUGAAGCAUCAUGAGCAGAGCCACAGCGACAAACUGCCUUUCAAAUGCACCUACUGCAGUCGGCUAUUCAAACACAAGCGGAGCCGAGAUCGCCAUAUCAAACUCCACACAGGGGACAAGAAGUACCACUGCAGCGAAUGUGAUGCUGCGUUCUCCAGAAGUGAUCACUUGAAGAUUCACUUAAAGACUCACACGUCCAACAAGCCAUAUAAAUGUGCCAUUUGUCGCCGUGGGUUCCUGUCCUCUAGUUCCUUACAUGGACACAUGCAGGUUCACGAGAGGAACAAGGACGGUUCCCAAUCGGGUUCCAGGAUGGAGGACUGGAAGAUGAAGGACACUCAGAAGUGCAGUCAGUGCGAGGAAGGCUUUGACUUCCCAGAAGACCUCCAGAAGCAUAUUGCGGAGUGCCACCCCGAAUGCUCCCCGAAUGAGGACCGAGCGGCCCUCCAGUGUGUCUACUGCCAUGAGCUUUUUGUAGAAGAGACCUCCCUCAUGAACCACAUGGAGCAGAUGCACGGUGGGGAGAAGAAGAACUCUUGCAGCAUUUGUUCUGAGAGUUUCCACACGGUGGAGGAAUUGUACAGCCACAUGGAUAGUCACCAGCAACCAGAGUCGUGCAAUCACAGUAACAGUCCUUCCCUGGUCACGGUGGGCUACACCUCCGUGUCCAGCACGACUCCGGAUUCCAACCUUUCAGUGGACAGCUCAACAAUGGUGGAAGCUGCCCCACCAAUCCCAAAGAGUCGAGGGAGGAAGCGGGCUGCUCAGCAAACCCCUGACAUGACUGUUGCCUCAAGUAAACAAGCAAAAGUUACCUACAGCUGUAUUUACUGCAACAAGCAGCUAUUUUCGAGUCUAGCGGUUCUGCAGAUUCACUUGAAAACUAUGCAUUUAGAUAAGCCAGAACAGGCCCAUAUUUGUCAGUAUUGCUUGGAGGUAUUGCCCUCACUCUAUAACCUAAAUGAACAUCUUAAGCAAGUGCAUGAAGCUCAGGACCCAGGUCUGAUUGUUUCUGCCAUGCCUGCCAUAGUCUACCAGUGCAACUUCUGCUCUGAAGUUGUCAACGACCUCAACACGCUCCAGGAACACAUCCGAUGUUCUCACGGAUUUGCGAACCCUGCAGCAAAGGAUAGCAAUGCAUUCUUUUGUCCCCAUUGCUACAUGGGGUUUCUCACUGACUCUUCCCUUGAAGAGCAUAUAAGACAGGUCCAUUGUGACCUCAGUGGCUCCCGAUUUGGGUCUCCAGUACUUGGGACUCCAAAAGAACCUGUAGUAGAAGUCUAUUCUUGUUCCUAUUGUACGAAUUCUCCAAUAUUCAACAGCGUUCUUAAACUGAACAAACAUAUCAAAGAGAAUCAUAAAAAUAUUCCCUUGGCCCUGAAUUAUAUUCAUAAUGGGAAGAAAUCCAGGGCCUUGAGCCCCCUAUCUCCUGUGACCAUAGAGCAAACAUCUCUUAAGAUGAUGCAGGCAGUGGGAGGUACACCUGCGCGUCCGGCCGGAGAAUAUAUCUGUAACCAGUGUGGUGCUAAGUACACGUCCCUAGACAGCUUUCAGACUCACCUAAAAACUCAUCUUGACACUGUGCUUCCGAAGCUGACCUGUCCUCAGUGCAACAAGGAAUUCCCCAACCAGGAAUCCUUGCUGAAGCACGUUACCAUUCAUUUUAUGAUCACUUCAACGUAUUACAUCUGCGAGAGUUGUGAUAAGCAGUUCACAUCAGUGGAUGACCUUCAGAAACACCUGCUGGACAUGCAUACCUUUGUCUUCUUCCGCUGCACCCUCUGCCAAGAAGUUUUUGACUCAAAAGUGUCCAUUCAACUCCACUUGGCUGUGAAGCACAGCAACGAAAAGAAAGUCUACAGGUGCACCUCUUGCAACUGGGACUUCCGCAAUGAGACUGACUUGCAGCUCCAUGUGAAACACAAUCACCUGGAAAAUCAAGGGAAAGUACACAAGUGCAUUUUCUGUGGUGAGUCUUUUGGCACUGAGGUGGAGCUUCAGUGCCACAUCACCACCCACAGUAAGAAAUACAACUGCAAGUUCUGCAGCAAAGCCUUCCAUGCGAUCAUUUUGCUGGAGAAACACUUGCGGGAAAAACAUUGUGUGUUUGAAACCAAGACUCCGAACUGUGGAACAAAUGGGGCUUCCGAGCAAGUGCAGAAGGAGGAGGUAGAGCUGCAGACCUUGUUGACCAACAGCCAGGAAUCCCACAAUAGUCACGAUGGGAGCGAAGAAGAUGUGGACACCUCGGAGCCUAUGUAUGGGUGUGACAUCUGUGGAGCAGCCUACACUAUGGAAACGCUGCUGCAGAAUCAUCAGCUCCGAGAUCACAACAUCAGACCCGGAGAGAGUGCCAUCGUGAAGAAGAAAGCCGAGCUCAUUAAAGGGAAUUAUAAGUGUAACGUGUGCUCUCGAACCUUCUUCUCUGAAAAUGGCCUCCGUGAACAUAUGCAGACUCACCUAGGCCCUGUCAAACACUACAUGUGCCCUAUUUGCGGAGAGCGGUUUCCCUCCCUUUUAACUCUUACCGAACACAAAGUCACGCAUAGUAAGAGUCUGGAUACUGGAAACUGCCGGAUUUGCAAGAUGCCUCUCCAGAGUGAGGAGGAGUUUUUAGAGCAUUGCCAAAUGCAUCCUGACUUGCGGAAUUCCCUGACGGGAUUUCGCUGCGUGGUCUGCAUGCAGACAGUGACCUCCACCUUAGAACUCAAAAUCCAUGGGACAUUCCACAUGCAAAAGACAGGAAAUGGUUCCGCAGUCCAGACCACAGGGCGUGGCCAGCACGUCCAGAAACUGUACAAGUGCGCGUCUUGCCUCAAAGAGUUCCGUUCCAAGCAAGAUCUGGUGAAGCUUGACAUCAACGGCCUGCCAUAUGGUCUGUGUGCUGGCUGCGUGAAUCUCAGUAAGAGCGGUAGUCCAGGCGUCAACAUCCCUCCCGGCACCAACAGACCAGGCUUGGGCCAGAAUGAGAGUCUGAGUGCCAUUGAGGGUAAAGGCAAGGCAGGGGGACUGAAGACUCGCUGCUCCAGCUGCAACGUUAAGUUUGAAUCUGAAAGUGAACUUCAGAACCACAUCCAAACAGUCCACCGAGAGCUCGUGCCAGAUAGCAACAGCACACAGUUGAAAACUCCGCAAGUCUCGCCAAUGCCCAGAAUCAGUCCCUCCCAGUCAGAUGAGAAGAAGACCUAUCAGUGCAUCAAGUGUCAGAUGGUUUUCUACAAUGAAUGGGAUAUUCAGGUUCACGUUGCAAAUCACAUGAUUGUACUCGAAGGUAAAUAUACCUGUACUUCCACCAGUGCCAGAAGUCCCAGAUGUGAGGGCAUUAAUAAUGAAGGACUGAACCAUGAAUGCAAGCUCUGCAGCCAAACCUUUGACUCCCCUGCCAAACUCCAGUGCCAUCUGAUAGAGCACAGCUUCGAAGGGAUGGGAGGCACCUUCAAGUGUCCUGUCUGCUUUACUGUGUUUGUUCAAGCAAACAAGUUGCAGCAGCAUAUUUUUUCUGCCCAUGGACAAGAAGACAAGAUCUAUGACUGCACACAAUGUCCACAGAAGUUUUUCUUCCAAACAGAGCUGCAGGGAUCUUCAGCCCCAGAGAUGACUUUGAGUCCUAAACAGCGUCCGCCUUCUGUGGCUUUCAGCCUGACUGGCUCUCUCCCUCUGGAGCCCAUCACUUCCUUCUCACCUCCUCCUCCUCAUCGCUCCAGCACCAGAAUCAUACGAUGACCCAACACAGCAGUUAGUGCAAGUACAGUCUCUCAAGGAGAAUGACUUUUGUGGCACAAAAAGGGAACAUGUUUUACUCUUUGCACGGAAACUUUCAUUGUUAAUGUAUAUUAUUCAGAAACAUUGUAUUGUACCAUAAAACUUGUAUUAUCAAAACUGUUGGAUGUUCAUGUGUUUGAGCUUUUGAGCACCGGAUAGACUCUUUGUAUAUAAAGUGUUGCACAUGUAUUAUGUCGUCUGAUACUAAAAUGGUCUUAUAAAGACAAGUGGACUUGGGCCCUAUUCAGGCAAGUUUAAAAAAAAAAAGUGAGCAAAAUGGCUUAAGAGAAAGUAUUUUAAGGAAGACAGAUUAAAACAACUGUGUUACACAUGAGACUAUUUUGGACUUCCUUUUAUUUACACUUAAGCCUGGAAUUUCUCUUUUGGUAUAUCAACGGUUAAAUCCAAGACUAUUUUUUAUUGCUGAAGAUUCUUGCAAACCAUGAAGAGAUGUUCUCACAGCACAGAACCCCACAGCUGGAUAAGGCCCAUAUAUAUAUUUGUAAGCCUUGCAAUGUGACAGGUAGCAUCACUAUAUAUGCAAUAGUUGUUAUGUAGACUGUCAAAGAUUUUUUUUUUUCCUGGAUACAUUUGAAGCUUUGAGUGUUCAAGGUUUUCCUUAAUGAUUUCACACAGCCAAAUUCUUGAAUCAGUUGAACUAACCUGUAUGUUACUGUUAUUAAUGUUUACUCUGCGGUCUGAACCUGGAGAUUACUGGAAUUGUUUUCCAAGAGGAAAUAAAUUCAGUUUACCAUUAGG